AUGGAGACAAUUCUAGAAGGCACAGGCCAAGAAGGGAAGAAGGUGUCCUCAAAGAAAUGUGUGCUGGAGGGCCUUUUGCAGCCAGUGAAGCUCAGCCCAGCAGAACUGUACAAGGAGCCCACCAAUGAGGAGCUGAAUCGCCUUCGGGAGACUGAGAGCCUGUUCCAUUCCAGUCUGCUUCGUUUACAGGUAGAAGAGCUACUGAAGGAAGUGAGACUGUCAGAGAAGAAGAAGGAGCGCAUUGAUACUUUCUUACAGGAGGUCAACAAGAGGAUCCUGAGGGUGCCCUCAACCCCUGAAACAGAGCUGACAGACCAAGCAUGGCUCCCGGCUGGGGUUCGAGUACCCCUCCACCAAGUGCCUUUUACUGUGAAGGGCUGUUUUCACUUCUUGCCCCCGGUCCGGGUCACUAUUGUAGGCAGCUACCUUCUGGACACCUGCAUCCGGCCGGACAUCAAUGUGGAUAUGGCACUGAUCAUGCCCAGGGAGAUCCUACAGGACAAAGAUGCGCUUAACCACCGCUACUUCCGUAAACGUGCCCUCUUCCUGGCUCACUUGGCUCACCACCUGGCCCAGGACCCUCUCUUUGGCAGCGUUCGCUUCUCCUACAACAAUGGCUGCCACUUGAAACCCUCAUUGCUGCUUCGGCCGCAUGGGAAGGAUGAGCGUCUGGUCACUGUACGUCUGCAUCCGUGCCCCCCACCUGACUUUUUCCGCCCAUGCCGCCUGCUGCCAACCAAGAACAAUGUGCGCUCUGCCUGGUACCGAGGGCAGAAUCCUCCAGGGGAUGGGAGCCCAGAGCCCCCGACGCCCCAUUACAACACGUGGAUCCUGCAGGAUAUGGCCCUUGAGUCCCAUGUGCAGCUGUUAUCAGCUAUGCUGGGCUCAGCGUCAGGGCUAAAAGAUGGCGUGGCUCUUCUGAAGGUCUGGCUGCGGCAGCGGGAGCUGGACAAGGGCCUGGGUGGGUUCAGCGGGUUCCUGGUCUCCAUGCUGGUUACCUUCCUUGUGUCCACACGUAAGAUCCAUACCACCAUGAGCGGCUACCAGGUCCUGAGAAGUGUCUUGCAGUUUCUAGCUACCACAGAUCUGACAGUCAACGGGAUCAGUUUAUGUCUCAGCUCAGAUCCCUCUUUGCCUGCCCUGGCUGAUUUCCACCAGGCCUUCUCUGUUGUCUUCCUGGACUCCUCAGGUCGUCUCAAUCUCUGUGCUGAUGUCACUGCCUCUACUUACCACCAGGUGCAGCAUGAGGCACGGCUGUCCAUGGUGUUAUUGGACAGCAAAGCUGAUGACGGGUUCCAGCUACUGUUGAUGACUCCCAAACCCAUGAUCCGGGCUUUUGACCAUAUCCUGCAUCUCCGCCCACUGAGCUGCCUCCAGGCAGCAUGUCACCGAUUGAAGCUGUGGCCUGAAUUGCAAGACCAUGGUGGGGAUUAUGUCUCAGCUGCUUUGGGCCCACUAACCACUCUCCUGGAGCAGGGCUUGGAGUCCCGGGUGCACCUCCUGGCCCAUUCUCGACCCUCAGUCCCAGAGUGGGAAAUCAGCCAGGAUCCACCGAAGCACAGACACUCCAGGGCCGUGACCCUGGGAUUGCUCCUCCGGCCUGAGGGGCUGACCAGUGUCCUUGAGAUGGGUCCAGAGGCCGACCAGCCAAAGGCUGCUGAUUUCCGCCAGUUCUGGGGAUACCGCUCAGAGCUGCGACGUUUUCAAGAUGGAGCCAUUCGGGAAGCUGUGGUCUGGGAGGCAGGCUCUAUGGCCCAGAAGCGCCUUAUUCCCCAGCAGGUGGUCACCCAUCUCCUUGCGCUCCAUGCAGACAUCCCAGACACCUGUAUCCACUAUGUGGGGGGCUUCCUAGAUGCACUGAUCCAAGGUCUGAAGGAGACCUCCAGCACAGGGGAGGAGGCCCUGGCAGCUGCAGUGCGUUGCUAUGACGACCUCAGCCAUCUGUUGUGGGGGCUGGAGGGCCUCCCACUGACUGUGUCUGCUGUUCAGGGAGUUCACCCCGUGCUGCGCUACACUGAGGUAUUUCCGCCAACCCCCAUCUGGCCAGCCUACUCCUCCUAUGAGCGCCUGCGAGAGCAGGCCUCGCUGGUGCCCAGACCCAACAAGCCCUGCCCAGCCUAUGUGGAGCCCAUGACUGUGGUAUGUCACCUAGAGGGCAGUGGUCAGUGGCCACAGGAUGCUGAGGCUGUGCAACGGGUCCGAGCUGCCUUCCAGCUACGUCUGGCAGAGAUACUGACACAACAGCAUGGGCUGCAGUGUCGUGCCACUGCCACACACACUGAUGUUCUCAAGGAUGGAUUUGUGUUCCGGGUGCGUGUGGCCUAUCAGCGGGAGCCCCAGAUCCUGAGGGAGAUGUGGACCCCAGAGGGGAUGAUCUCAUUGAGGGACACAACUGCCUCCCUCCGACUUGAGAGGGACACAAAGCAGUUGCCCCUGCUCACCAGUGCCCUGCAUGGACUCCAAAAGCAGCACCCAGCCUUCUCAGGAGUGGCUCGGCUGGCCAAGCGGUGGGUACGUGCCCAGCUUCUGGGUGAGGGAUUCUCCGACGAGAGCCUGGACCUGGUGGCCGCUGCCCUCUUCCUGCAUCCUGAGCCCUUCUCCCCACCCAGCUCCCCCCAGGUUGGCUUCCUUCGGUUCCUCUACUUGGUGUCAACCUUCGAUUGGAAGAACAACCCCCUCGUUGUCAACCUCAACGAUGACCUCACUGCGGAGGAGCAGGUAGAGAUUCGCAGUGGCUUCCUGGCAGCUCGGGCACAACUCCCCGUCAUGGUCAUCAUUACCCCCCAGGACCGCAAGAGCUCUGUGUGGACACAGGAUGGACCCACAGCCCAGAUCCUACAGCAGCUUGUGGUCCUGGCAGCUGAGGCCCUACCCAUUCUAGAGAAGCAGCUGAUGGAUCCCUGGGGGCCUGGGGAUAUCAGGACAGUGUUCCGGCCACCUUUAGACAUGUAUGAUGUGCUAAUCCGUCUGUGUCCCCGCCACAUCCCCCGGCACCGCCAGGCCGUGGACUCGCCAGCUGCCUCCUUCUGCCGUGGCCUGUUCAGUGAGCCCCGGCCCUCUCCCUUGAUGCCCGUGCUGGGCUAUGACCCUCCCCAGCUCUAUCUGGCACAGCUCAGGGAGGCCUUUGGGGAUCUAGCCCUUUUCUUCUAUGACCAGCAUGGUGGAGAGGUGAUUGGUGUCCUCUGGAAGCCUACUAGCUUCCAGCCCCAGCCCUUCAAGGCCUCCAACACAAAGGGACGCAUGGUGGUGGCUCAAGGUGGGGAGCUGGUGAUGGUCCCCAAUGUGGAAGCAAUCCUAGAGGACUUUGCUGUGCUGGGCAAAGGCCUGGUGCAGUCUGUGGAGGCCCGGAGUGAGAGGUGGACUGUGUAAAUUCUAAUGCCGGGAGCAAGCUGUGGGUGAACAUCAGGGCCUCAGACCUCUGGAGCAAGAUGUCAAUGGAGUAACUUUCACUUUCACUGCAUAUGGACCCUCCGUGGAGGGCCUGUUGCCCUGAACACAUGGAAUUGUUCCCCUCAAAAUUCCUGUCCCAGUUUUCUGUCUGAUUCCUCAGGGGUCUGCUCCAGUAUUGGGGCAGGAGCCAUAGUGUCCUAUGGAGUCCCCUAGGCCCACAGUCCCAACCUCCAGAAGAGGAGUGGGAACUCUUAGGAAGAUAGUAGAACCCGGGAGAUCCAUCCACCU